GUGAUUAUUUCGCCGCAUCUAAUUCUCUUCCGUUUGAAUAUUCGCGCUUUCGUGGUUGUAAUUAAUACGAUCUGACGUCGAAGAUAAAGACCCCGCUGCUGUAUCUCGGCUUCACGACUUGGCUUCUCCCCGUUUCCCCGCCACACCGUCCCCAGUCGCUCCAGCCCACCGAUGCUGACACACACUCCUCCUCCGGGCGGUGAGCGGGGCUUGAGCACAGGGGCUUGAGUGACACAUGCUGCGGUAGUCUACCCCCGCUGUAUGGCCGUGGAUUAGCUCUAUAUGCUAAUAUCGACAGGAGAGAGGAGCCAGCGGAGGCUUCUGAACAGGCUCCUUUGCAGCCAUGGCUGAAGGUGGAGAGGGAGAGGAUGAAAUUCAGUUCCUCAGGACUGAUGAUGAAGUGGUGCUCCAGUGCGUGGCCUGCAUCCAGAAGGAGAAUCGCAAGUUCUGCCUGGCUGCUGAGGGCCUGGGCAAUCGGCUGUGUUACCUAGAGCCCACAUCUGAAGCAAAGUAUGUUCCUCCAGACCUGUGCAUCUGCACCUUUGUGCUGGAACAGUCUCUGUCAGUACGAGCCCUGCAGGAGAUGCUGGCUAAGAGCGGACAGAACAGUGAAGGGACACGCGGCCCGGAUCGAUGGGCAGCGCAGAGCGGCGGGCACAAGACCCUGCUGUACGGACACGCCAUCCUCCUACGGCAUUCCUUCAGCUCGAUGUACCUGGCCUGUUUGAAGACAUCAAGGUCGCAGACAGAUAAGCUGUCCUUUGAUGUCGGUCUGCAGGAGGAUUCAACAGGUGAGGCCUGUUGGUGGACGAUCCACCCUGCCUCGAAGCAGAGAUCCGAAGGAGAGAAGGUGCGGAUCGGUGAUGACCUCAUCCUUGUCAGCUUGUCCUCAGAGCGAUAUCUUCACUUAUCCAUCUCCAAUGGCAACAUCCAGGUGGAUGCUUCUUUCAUGCAAACCCUGUGGAACGUCCAUCCCAUCUGCUCCGGGAGCAACAUAGAAGAAGGCUACCUGUUGGGUGGUCACGUGAUGCGGCUGUUCCACGGACACGAUGAGGUAGUGGCGAUCCCAGGGUCAGACCAGAGUGAAGAGCAACAGAGGAUAGUCAACUAUGAGACGGGUAAAGCUGGCGCCAAGGCCAGGUCCUUGUGGAGGCUGGAACCACUCCGAAUCAGCUGGAGUGGGAGCCACAUCCGCUGGGGUCAGCCCUUCAGACUGCGGCACCUGACCACCGGUCACUACCUGGCACUGACUGAGGACAAAGGGUUGGUGCUGCAGGACCGGGAGAGGUCCGACACCAUCUCCACUGCCUUCUGCUUCAGAGCCUCUAAGGAGAAGCUGGAGCAGAGCCCCAAGAGAGACAUCGAGGGCAUGGGGGUUGCAGAGAUUAAAUAUGGGGACUCGCUCUGCUUCAUCAUGCACGUGGCCACAGGACUCUGGCUCUCCUACCAGGCACCUGAUGUCAAAUCUGCCCGUCUGGGUCCCCUCAAGAGACGAGCAUGCCUACAUUCUGAAGGUCACAUGGAUGACGGCUUGACCCUGCAGCGCUGUCAGCACGAGGAGUCCCGCGCCGCACGCAUCAUCCGCAACACCACGUUGCUGUUUAAUCGAUUCAUCAGAGACCUGGAUUGUCUGGGUGUUAAGAAUAGGGCAAUGGUCUCGCUGCCUGUAGAGGAGGUGCUCCAAACCCUCAAUGACCUCAUUGCCUAUUUCCAGCUUCCUGACGUUGAGCUGGAGCAUGAAGAGAGGCAGAUCAAGCUGCGGUCACUCAAGAACCGCCAGAACUUAUUCAAACAGGAAGGCAUGCUGACUCUGGUGUCCAACUGUAUUGACCGUCUGAACGUCUAUAACAGUGCCGCCCAUUUCGGGGAGUGUGCCGGGUCAGAGGCCGGAGCAGCCUGGAAAGACAUUCUCAACCUGCUGUAUGAGCUGCUGGCAGCGUUAAUUAGAGGGAACAGGAAUAACUGCACCCAGUUCUCCAACAACUUGGACUGGCUGGUUAGCAAGCUGGAGAGACUGGAGUCUUCGUCAGGCAUCCUGGAAGUUCUGCACUGCAUUUUAAUUGAGAGCCCCGAGGCCCUCAACAUCAUCCAGAGAGGACACAUCAAGUCCAUCAUAUCACUGCUCUACAAGCAUGGGCGCAACCACAAGAUUCUGGAUGUGCUCUGCUCGCUGUGUGUGUGUAAUGGUGUUGCUGUGCGAACCAAUCAGAACCUAAUCUGUGAUCACUUGCUGCCCAAGAGAGAUCUGCUGCUGCAAACCCAGCUGGUGAAUGAUGUCCAGAGUAUGAGACCGAACAUCUUCCUGGGGGUGAGCGAGGGCUCAGCUCAGUAUAAAAAGUGGUACUAUGAGCUGAUGAUUGACCAGGUGGACCACUUUGUAACAAGCGAGCCCUCUCAUCUGAGGGUGGGCUGGGCCAACACCAAAGGCUACGCUCCGUACCCUGGAGGAGGAGAGGGAUGGGGAGGCAAUGGAGUCGGUGAUGACCUCUACUCGUUUGGUUUUGAUGGACUCCACCUCUGGUCAGGUCGUAUCCCGCGGGCAGUGGCGUCCCUGAACCAGCACAUCCUGACCUCAGAGGAUGUGGUUAGCUGUUGUCUGGACCUGGGCGCUCCCAGCAUCUCUUUCAGGAUCAACGGGCAGCCUGUUCAGGGCAUGUUUGAAAAUUUCAACACAGACGGGCUCUUCUUCCCUGUUGUCAGCUUCUCUGCAGGGGUCAAGGUGCGUUUCCUGUUGGGCGGUCGACAUGGUGACUUUAAGUUCUUGCCUCCAUCGAGUUACGCUCCGUGUUUUGAAGCCCUGCUGCCAAAAGAGAAGAUGAAGGUGGAGCCGGUGAAAGAGUACAAGAGGGAUGUGGAUGGAGUCCGAGAUCUGUUGGGCACCCCACAGUUCUUGUCGCAGGCCUCCUUCAUCCCUACACCUGUUGAAACUAGCCAGAUUGUUAUGCCUCUUCAUUUAGAGAAGGUUCGAGACAAACUAGCAGAGAAUAUCCACGAGCUGUGGGGCAUGAAUAAAAUUGAGCUUGGCUGGUCGUAUGGAAAGAUAAGAGAUGAUAAUAAGCGGCAACAUCCGUGCCUGGUGGAUUUCUCCAAGCUGCCAGAAACCGAAAAGAACUACAAUCUGCAGAUGUCAACAGAAACUUUGAAGACCCUGCUGGCAUUGGGCUGUCGUGUAGUUCAGGUCAAUCCAAAUGCUGAGGCAUCUCUCAAAAAGAUAAAACUCCCCAAGAACUACAUGAUGUCCAAUGGUUAUAAACCAUCUCCUCUGGACCUGUCCGACAUCAAACUGACUUCAGGUCAGGAACUGCUGGUGGACAAACUGGCAGAGAAUGCACACAAUGUGUGGGCCAAGGACCGCAUCAAGCAGGGCUGGACCUAUGGCAUUCAGCAGGAUCUGAAGAGUAAGCGUAACCCUCGCCUGGUUCCCUACGUUCUUCUGGAUGAGCGCACCAAGAAGUCGAACAGGGACAGCCUGCGGGAGGCUAUCCGCACUCUAAUUGGCUACGGGUACAACAUUGAGCCCUCAGACCAGGAAGGCGGACAAGUGGUUGAGAGGCUCAGCAUUGACAAAGUCCGCUUCUUCAGAGUAGAGAGGACGUACGCGGUAAAGACUGGAAAAUGGUACUUUGAAUUUGAGGCUGUGACUGGAGGAGACAUGAGAGUGGGCUGGGCCAGACCUGGAUGUAAGCCAGACGUGGAGCUUGGCACAGAUGAGCUGGCUUUCGUCUUUGAUGGAUACAGGGGUCACUGUCUAAAUAUGGGCAGCCGUUUGUUCGGGCGGUGCUGGCACGCGGGGGAUGUGGUUGGCUGUAUGAUCAACAUGGAGGACAAAUCUAUGAUCUUCACCCUUAAUGGAGAGAUCCUCAUUACCACCAAGGGCUCCGAACUCUGCUUCACUGACUUUGAAACUGAGGAUGGCUUUAUUCCAGUGUGUAGUCUAGGUCUGGCUCAGGUGGGUCGCAUGAAUCUAGGGAAAGACGCUAGCACCUUCAAGUACUACACCAUGUGCGGCCUUCAGGAAGGAUUUGAGCCCUUUGCCGUUAACAUGAACCGAGAGGUCACCAUGUGGUUCAGCAAGCGUUUGCCUACUUUUGUCAACGUGCCGAAGGACCACAACCACAUCGCAGUAACCAGGAUUGACGGCACUGUCGACAGCCCCCCAUGUCUUAAAGUCACCCACAAGACGUUUGGCACCCAGAACAGUAACGCUGACAUGGUCUUUUGUCGUCUCAGCAUGCCUGUAGAGUUCCACUCCGUCUUCAAACCCAGUCCUGUUAUAGACAUGAACGGAGUCCACGAGGACGACACCCUUAAAGUGAAACACAGAUAUCCGUUGAGAUCAGUAAGGCACAGUGAUGAAAGUAGACGAGUGGACUACAGCAGCAUCACUAUGUACUACCACUCUGUAAGGGUCUUUGCUGGUCAGGACCCUUCUGGCGUGUGGGUUGGAUGGGUUACCCCCGACUACCAUUACUAUAGCAACAACUUCAAUCUUAGUAAAAACCGAACAGUCACCGUAACCCUGGGUGACGAGCGAGGACGAGUGCAUGAGAGUGUGAAGAGGAGUAACUGCUACAUGGUGUGGGGUGGUGAUGUGACCAAUACUGCACACGCCUCAAGUCGCAGCAACGUGGACCUGGAGAUUGGCUGUCUCAUAGACCUGGCCACCGGCCUGGUGACAUUCACCGUCAAUGGCAAAGAUAUAUCAACGUCCUACCAGGUGGAACCAAACACCAAACUUUUCCCUGCCGUAUUUGUGCGACCCACCAGCCCUAACCUCUUCCAGUUCGAGCUGGCUAAAAUAAAGAAUGCCAUGCCUCUGUCGUCAGCCAUCUUUAAGAGUGAGCAUAAGAACCCGGUGCCCCAGUGUCCACCCCGUCUAUAUGUGCAGACCAUCAAUGCUGUGCUUUGGAGCCGCAUGCCCAACAUCUUCCUCAAGGUGGAAACAGCCAGGGUCAGUGAGAGACACGGGUGGGUGGUGCAGUGUGUGGAACCCCUGCAGAUGUUGGCUGUACACAUACCUGAGGAAAACAGGUGUGUCGACAUCAUGGAGCUGUCUGAGCAGGAGGACAUGAGGAAGUUCCACUACCAUACCCUGAAGCUCUACUGUGCCCUCUGCGCUCUGGGCAACACCCGCGUGGCACAUGCCCUCUGUAGCCACCUGGACCAGUCACAGCUCUUAUACACCAUCGACAAUCAGUACCUGUCAGGAAUGUUACGGGAGGGCUUCUACAAUGUCCUCAUCAGCAUCCACCUGGAGACAGCCAAAGAGGCACGGCUCAUGAUGAAAGACGAGUUCAUCAUCCCUGUCACAGCCGAGACACGGUCCAUCCGUCUCUUCUCCGAUGCAUCCAAAAAACACCUCCCACCAGGGGUGGGGCUUAGUACCUCGCUCAAACCUCGCCUCAACUUUGCUCCACCUUGUUUCAUCAGCACUAAACGGGAGCAACAUCUCUAUAGUCCCCAAGUCCCAUUGGAUGCACUGAAGGAGACAGCUAUUUCAAUGUUGACAGAGGCUGUUCAGGGCUGGGGGCACCACAUCCGAGAUCCCGUAGGAGGAGGCGUGGAGUACCAGUUUGUGCCGAUCUUGAAACUCAUUAGCACCUUGCUGACUAUGGGCGUACUCGGUAGUGAGGACGUUCGUCAGAUCUUACUGCUCAUUGACCCAAAUGUUUUCAGAGAGACACGUGAGGAGGGAGCCACAGGAGCCACAGACAAAGAAGGACUCACAGGGGCUGAGGACAAGGCAGUGGAAGCUGGAGAGGAGGAGGCAGCCAAAGAAGCUAAGCAGCCAUUGAAAGGACUGCUGGAGAAGAGGCUGCCUGAGCCCGUCAAACGACUGAUGUGCGAGCUGCUACAUUAUUUCUGCGACUGCGAGCUGAAGCACCGCAUCGAAGCCAUUGUGUCCUUCUCUGACAACUUUGUCUCCAAGCUGCAGUUCAACCAGAAGUUCCGCUACAACGAGCUAAUGCUGGCCCUCAACAUGUCUGCUGCUGUUACUGCAAAGAAGACCAAAGAGUUCAGAUCGCCCCCUCAAGAACAGAUCAACAUGCUGCUGAACUUCAGUAUGGGAGAGGACUGUCCAUGUCCCACAGAUAUCCAGGAGGAGCUGUAUGAUUUUCACAGUCAGCUGCAGCUCCACUGUGGAAUCCCUAUGGAAGAAGACGAAGACGAGCAAGAUACAUCUAUCAGAGGUCGCCUCCUAAUGCUGGUGAACAAGAUCAAAGGCCAGUCUCACAAAGCAGAAGAACCCACAGAGAAGGAGCAAGCCGCACCAUCCAAUCUGAAAGAGCUGAUCUCUCAGACGAUGGUGAGCUGGGCCCAGGAGUGUCACAUCCAGGACCCAGAGCUGGUCCGCAAGAUGUUCAGCCUGCUGAGGAGGCAGUAUGACAGCAUUGGGGAGCUGCUGCGGGCCAUGAGGAAGACCUACACCAUCAGCGCUGUCUCGGUCCAGGACACUAUCAACCUCCUGGCCUCCCUCGGUCAGAUCAGAUCCCUGCUGUCUGUUCGUAUGGGCAAAGAGGAAGAGAAGCUCAUGAUUGAUGGACUUGGGGACAUCAUGAACAACAAAGUGUUCUACCAGCACCCCAACCUAAUGAGAAUACUGGGCAUGCAUGAGACUGUCAUGGAGGUCAUGGUUAACGUGCUUGGAGGAGACAAGUCCCAGGAAAUUGCCUUCCCCAAAAUGGUGGCUAGCUGCUGUCGCUUCCUGUGCUACUUCUGCCGGAUCAGCCGUCAAAACCAGAAAGCCAUGUUUGACCACCUCAGCUACCUGUUGGAGAAUAGCAGCGUGGGGUUAGCUUCACCAGCUAUGAGAGGCUCCACUCCUCUAGAUGUGGCUGCUUCCUCUGUGAUGGACAACAAUGGCCUGGCUCUGGCACUGGAAGAACCUGAUCUGGACAAGGUGGUCACCUAUCUGGCAGGCUGUGGUCUCCAGAGUUGUCCAAUGCUCCUGGCUAAAGGUUAUCCAGAUAUCGGAUGGAACCCCAUUGAGGGAGAGCGUUACCUUUCCUUCUUGCGGUUUGCAGUCUUUGUCAACGGUGAGAGUGUGGAGGAGAACUCCAGUGUUGUGGUCAAGCUGCUCAUCCGUCGUCCAGAGUGUUUUGGACCUGCCCUGAGGGGAGAAGGAGGGAAUGGCCUGCUGGCUGCCAUGAAGGAAGCCAUCAAGAUCUCUGAGACGCCAGCUUUGGACCUUCCGGGCUCUGUACACGGAGUCAGCUCUGACGUGUCCGCUGAUGGUGACGAUGAGGAGGAAGUGGUACACAUGGGCAAUGCCAUCAUGUCCUUCUACUCCGCACUCAUCGACCUGUUGGGACGUUGUGCCCCAGAGAUGCAUCUCAUCAACAAGGGGAAAGGUGAAGCUCUGCGCAUUCGUGCCAUUCUGCGCUCUCUGGUGCCUACCGAAGACCUUGUGGGAAUUAUUAGCAUACCACUCAAAAUGCCCGUCAGCAACAAAGAUGGGUCAGUGACAGAGCCGGACAUGUCAGCCUGCUUCUGUCCGGAUCACAAGGCCCCUAUGGUGCUGUUUUUGGACAGGGUGUAUGGCAUUGAGGACCAGAGCUUUCUGCUUCACCUUCUCGAAGUGGGUUUCCUUCCUGACCUGAGAGCUGCUACCUCUCUGGAUACGGAGGGUUUGUGUACCACAGAGACGGCCCUGGCCAUGAACCGCUACAUCGGCUCAGCUUUGUUACCCCUCCUCACCCGCUGCGCCCCUCUCUUUGCCGGCACGGAGCACUACGCCACCCUCAUCGACUCCACUCUGCACACCAUCUACCGCCUCUCCAAGGGCCGUUCACUUACCAAGGCCCAAAGAGAUGCUAUAGAGGAGUGCCUGCUGGCUGUCUGCAAACACCUUCGUCCCUCCAUGCUGCAGCAGCUCCUGCGACGCCUUGUCUUUGAUGUGCCCUUGCUGAGUGAUUACUGCAAGAUGCCUCUCAGGCUUCUAACCAACCACUAUGAACAAAACUGGAAGUACUACUGCCUCCCGUCAGGCUGGGGCAGCUACGGGACCGCAUCCGAGGAUGAACUACUGCUCACUAAGAAAAUCUUCUGGGGAGUAUUUGAUUCUCUGUCGCAGAGGAAAUAUGACCCUGAGUUAUUCAAGAUGGCCAUGCCCUGCCUCAGUGCCAUAGCUGGAGCGUUGCCACCGGAUUAUGUGGAUGCCUCCAUUAGUACCACUGUGGAAAAGCCUGUUUCUGUUGACGCUCAGGGCAACUUUGACCCCAAACCCAUCAAUACUGCAAAUAUUGCUCUUCCAGAGAAGCUCGAGCACUUUGUCAACAAGUAUGCAGAACAUUCCCAUGAGAAAUGGUCAGCAGAAAAGGUGCUGCUGGGGUGGAAAUAUGGAGACUGUGUGGAUGAGAAGGCCAAGAUUCACCCUCAGCUCAGGACCUUCAAAGCCCUGACAGAGAAGGAGAAAGAGAUUUACAGAUGGCCAAUUAGAGAGUCCCUGAAGAGUAUGCUGGCAAUGGGCUGGAGCAUCGACAGGACCAAAGAUGGAGAAAGCAUGUCUCAGCAAAGGGAGAGUGAGAAAAUGCGAAAGAUCUCUCAGGUUUCACAGGCAAAUGGCUUCAAUCCGAGCCCAAUAGACACAAGCAACGUUGUUCUAUCCAGAGAACUGCAGGGGAUGGUGGAGGUGGUGGCUGAAAACUACCAUAACAUCUGGGCAAAGAAGAAGAAGAGUGACCUUGGAAGCAGAGGUGGGGGAACACACCCACUGCUGGUGCCCUAUGACACCCUGACAGCCAAGGAGAAGGCCCGUGAUCGGGAGAAAGCCCAGGACCUUUUCCGCUUCCUGCAAAUCAGUGGCUACAGCAUCACAAGAGGUUUGAAGGACUUAGAGCAGGAUUCCUCUUCCAUGGAGAAGAGGUUCGCAUACAAGUUCCUCAAGAAGCUGCUCAAAUAUGUUGACUCAGCUCAGGAGUUCAUCGCUCAUCUGGAGGCCAUGGCUGCCAGUGGCAAAACAGACAGGUCCCCUCAUGAACAGGAAAUCAAGUUUUUUGCCAAAGUUCUCCUUCCCCUCAUUGACCAGUACUUCAAGAACCACUCUCUCUACUUCCUCUCCUCCCCCAAUAAAAACCUUAGCAGCAGCGGUUACGCCUCCAACAAGGAGAAGGAGAUGGUCACCAGCCUGUUUUGUAAACUGGCAGCUCUUGUCAGACAUAGGAUUUCUCUCUUUGGGAGUGACUCCACUACCAUUGUUAGCUGUCUGCAUAUCCUGGCACACACCCUGGACACCAGGACGGUGAUGAAGUCGGGCUCAGAGCUGGUGAGGGUGGGGCUCAGGACAUUCUUUGAGAACGCCGCAGAGGACCUGGAGAAGACGUUCGAGAACCUGAAGCUGGGGAAGUUCACUCACUCCCGCUCGCAGAUGAAAGGGGUGUCGCAGAACAUCAACUACACCACUGUAGCUCUGCUCCCCAUUUUAACCGCUCUGUUUGAACACAUCACUCAGCAUCACUUUGGAGUCGACCUGCUUUUGGAGGAUGUCCAGGUGUCUUGCUAUCGAAUCCUGACCAGCCUCUAUGCACUGGGUACUGGGAAAAAUAUUUAUGUAGAAAGACAGCUACCAGCUCUCGGUCAGUGUCUGGCCACCCUGGCUGGAGCCAUGCCUGUAGCCUUCCUGGAGCCGCUGCUCAACACCUAUAACCCCUGCUCCGUCUUUAAUACCAAGAGUGCUAGAGAACGAGCCAUCCUAGGCAUACCAGACUCAGUCGAGGAGAUGUGUCCCGGGAUGCCGUGGCUGGACGGUCUGAUGAAGGACAUCAAUGACAUGGCAGAGUCUGGAGCACGCUACACAGAGAUGCCUCAUGUUAUCGAGGUGGUGCUGCCCAUGUUGUGUAACUAUCUGUCUUAUUGGUGGGAGAGGGGGCCAGAGAACCAGCCAGCCAGCGGGGGCAGCAUCUGCUGCACCACCGUCACCUCAGAGCACCUCAGCCUCAUUCUGGGCAACAUCCUCAAGAUCCUCAACAACAACCUGGGCAUCGAUGAAGCCUCUUGGAUGAAGAGGAUUGCAGUGUAUGUGCAACCCAUCAUCGGCAAGGCCCGUGCAGACCUGCUGAAGAGCCACUUCCUGCCUACGCUGGAGAAACUGAAGAAGAAGACAGUGAAGGUGGUGGCUGAGGAAGAGCUGUUGAAGGCAGACAGUAAGGGAGACACUCAGGAGGCUGAGUUGCUCAUCCUAGACGAGUUUGCAGUCCUCUGCAGGGACCUGUAUGCCUUUUACCCCAUGCUUAUCCGCUAUGUGGACAACAACAGGUCCAGGUGGUUAAAGGAACCAGAUGCUGACUCCAAUGAACUCUUCAGAAUGGUGGCUGAGAUAUUUAUCCUCUGGUGCAAGUCACAUAAUUUCAAAAGAGAAGAGCAGAACUUUGUGGUCCAGAAUGAAAUCAACAACCUUUCCUUCUUGACUGGUGAUAAUAAAACCAAGAUGUCUAAGUCUGGAGGACAAGACCAGGAGAGGAGACACAAGAAAAGGCGAGGUGAGUUCUACUCUAUCCAGACCUCACUGAUUGUGGCGGCUCUGAAGAAGAUGCUACCAAUUGGCCUCAACAUGUGUACCCCGGGAGACCAGGAACUCAUCUCUCUAGCCAAGACUCGUUACCUGCUGAGAGACACAGACGAAGAGGUCAAAGAUCAUAUUCAUCAGAAUCUGCAUCUUCGAGAGAAGUCUGAGGACCCUGCAGUGAGGUGGCAGUUAAACCUGUACAAGGACAUAGCGAUGAGAAACGAGGGCUCUCCAGACCCUGAAAGGGUGGUGGACCGCAUCCAGAGGAUCUCUGCUGCUGUCUUCAACCUGGAGCAGGUGGAGCAGCCGCUGAGAUCCAAGAAAUGUGUAUGGCAGAAGUUGCUUUCCAAGCAGAGGAAACGGGCGGUUGUUGCCUGCUUCCGCAUGGCUCCACUUUAUAAUCUGCCAAGGCACAAAAACAAUAAUUACUUCCUGAAUGCCUACCGACAUAUUUGGCUGGAGAUAAUGCAUGAGAACACAGACUAUGACAGUCUGCUCUCCAUGCUGACGAAAACGCAGCCCAAAGUGGAGGAAGAGGAAGAGGAGGAGGUCAGAAAGCAGCCAGAUCCUCUUCACCAGCUCAUUCUGCAUUUCAGCCACAACGCGCUGACUGAGUGCAGUUCUUUGGAAGAGGAUCCCUUGUAUAUUGCAUAUGCAGAUAUGAUGGCAAAGAGUUGUGCUGAAGGUGAAGAAGAGGAAGAUGAGGAAGGAAAAGAGAAAACAUUUGAGGAAAAGGAAAUGGAGAAGCAAAAGAUGCUGUACCAGCAAGCCAGGCUGCAUGAUCGAGGAGCUGCAGAGAUGGUGCUUCAGAUGAUCGGUGCCAGCAAAGGUCGACUUGGUCCUAUGGUGACUUUCACCCUCAAACUCGGCAUCUCCAUCCUCAACGGGGGAAACAUACUGGUCCAACAGAAAAUGCUGGACUACCUGAAGGAAAAACGAGACGUUGGCUUUUUCAAAAGUCUGUCUGGAUUGAUGAUGUCUUGCAGUGUUCUGGACUUGAAUGCUUUUGAAAGGCAAAAUAAAGCUGAAGGUCUGGGCAUGGUUACUGAAGAGGGAUCAAUCAACGUGAGUGAGCAGGGUUCCAAAGUACUGCAGGAUGAUGAGUUCACUAAGGAUCUCUUUAGAUUUCUGCAGCUUCUCUGUGAGGGCCACAACAAUGAUUUUCAGAAUUUCUUGAGGACUCAAACCGGAAACACAACUACAGUCAACAUCAUCAUUAGUACUGUAGACUACCUACUAAGGCUCCAGGAAUCCAUCAGUGACUUCUACUGGUACUACUCUGGUAAGGAUAUCAUAGAUGAAGCAGGUCAGAGGAACUUCUCCAGAGCCCUGGCAGUGGCCAAGCAGGUCUUCAACUCUUUAACUGAGUAUAUACAGGGCCCAUGUGUUGGGAACCAGCAGAGUCUGGCUCACAGCAGGCUGUGGGACGCAGUGGUGGGCUUCUUGCAUGUGUUUGCCAACAUGCAGAUGAAAUUAUCCCAGGACUCCAGUCAGAUUGAAUUACUGAAGGAGCUGUUGGACCUGCAGAAGGACAUGAUAGUCAUGAUGCUGUCUCUUCUCGAAGGUAAUGUUGUCAAUGGUACUAUUGGCAAACAGAUGGUGGACACAUUGGUGGAAUCAUCUAGCAACGUAGAGAUGAUCCUAAAAUUCUUCGACAUGUUCCUGAAGUUGAAGGAUCUGACCACUUCGGACAGCUUCAAGGAGUAUGACCCAGAGAGCAAAGGGGUCAUCUCAAAGAAAGAUUUCCAGAAGUCCAUGGAGAACCAGAAACAAUAUUCCCAGUCUGAGAUCGAGUUUCUUCUCUCCUGUGCUGAGGCAGAUGAGAAUGACAUGUUUAACUACGAGCAGUUUGUGGAGAGAUUUCAUGAACCUGCGAAGGACAUUGGCUUUAAUGUAGCUGUGUUGCUGACCAAUCUCUCUGAGCACAUGCCUCACGAUGCUCGUCUCUCAACGUUCCUUGACCUGGCUGAGAGUGUCCUCAGCUAUUUUGAACCCUAUUUGGGCCGUAUUGAGAUCAUGGGUGGUGCCAAGCGCAUAGAGAGAGUCUACUUUGAGAUCAGUGAGUCGAGUCGUACCCAGUGGGAAAAGCCUCAGGUGAAAGAGUCAAAGCGGCAGUUUAUCUUUGAUGUCGUCAACGAAGGAGGAGAGAGCGAGAAGAUGGAACUGUUUGUGAAUUUCUGUGAGGACACCAUCUUUGAGAUGCAACUAGCCUCUCAGAUUUCAGAGCCAGACCCAGUGGAGCGUCCAGAGGAAGACGAAGAUGACAACCAGAGUGUACAGGAAAACCAGGAAGAGGAAGAGGAGGAGAACGUGAUGUUGGAGUCUUCCUCAGCCUUCACAGUUGCCUGCAUCUCUAUGAGAAAAAGCCUGUGCCACUUCCGCCAGUUGCUCACUCUCAAGAGCAUGAGGCGGCAGUACAGGAAGUUCAGAAAGAUGAGUGUAAGGGAGAUGGUGCGAGGCUUCUUCUCUUUCUUCUGGAUGAUCAUCACAGGCUUCUUCUAUUUUGUCUACAGUCUGAUUUGGGGUUUCUUCCAUAUCUUAUGGACCACUAUGUUUGGGGGCGGCCUCGUUGAAGGGGCCAAGAAUAUGAAGGUGACAGACAUUUUGGGUAACAUGCCAGAUCCCACCCAGUUUGGGAUUCAUGGAGAUGUGUUAGAAAUGGAGAAGAUGGACGCAAGCGAAGCGUCAGCUUUGGCGGAGAUUGGUCAGAUGGCUCAGGGAGAUGCAACCGAGGCAGACCUUAUGGCUGAGUUGCUGAACAUACAGCCCAAGAAGGAGGGAAAGCAUGGGGCUGAGCCAGGUUUGGGGGAUGUGUCUGAGGUGGUGGUGGGGGAUGCGCCAUCCAUUGCCAGUGCUGUUAAGCAGAAGAAAGCACAGAUGGCUGCAAAGAAGAAAGCUUCAAAUGGAGACUAUAAGUCUGAUUCAGAGAAAGGAGAUUCAGAAGAUGGUGAAAAGAAGGAUCAUGACAAGGCCAAAGACGAAGUCCCUCCAGAGUCUUCAGUGGAGGAGAAGAAAGCCCCCAAGAAGAGGCUUGGCCAGAAGAAAGAACCCCCAGAGGCCUUCAUGGCCAGCUUCUUCGCUGGCUUGGAAAUCUACCAGACCAAGAUGCUGAAUUACCUGGCCAGAAACUUCUACAACCUUCGCUUUUUAGCGCUAUUUGUUGCCUUUGCUAUCAACUUCAUUCUUCUCUUCUACAAAGUAACCGGUGAUUACUCAGAUGAUGAAGACCCCUGGAAUGGUCAUGGAAGAGCCGGGGAGGAGGAAGAUGAGGGUGCGCUUGAGUAUUUCGUCCUGCAGGAGAGCACCGGUUACAUGGCGCCAACGUUGCGUUGUCUCGCUAUACUACACACUAUCAUAUCUUUCCUGUGUGUUGUGGGAUACUACUACCUAAAGGUGCCCCUGGUAGUGUUCAAACGUGAGAAGGAGAUAGCAAGGAAGUUGGAGUUUGCUGGCCUUUACAUCACUGAGCAGCCGUCGGACGAUGACAUCAAAGGACAGUGGGACCGACUGGUGAUCAAUACGCCUUCCUUCCCCAACAACUACUGGGAUAAAUUUGUCAAACGCAAGGUGAUCAAAAAGUACGGAGACCUGUAUGGAGCAGAGAGGAUAGCAGAACUGCUGGGGCUGGAUAAGAGCGCCCUGGAUUUUAACCCCACGGAGGAAACUGUCGCCAAAGAGGCUACACUGGUGUCAUGGCUGAGCUCAAUCGAUACAAAGUACCACGUCUGGAAAAUGGGGGUGGUGUUUACAGACAAUUCAUUUCUGUAUCUGGUGUGGUACACCACCAUGUCCAUCCUGGGCCACUACAACAAUUUCUUCUUUGCUGCUCAUCUACUGGACAUUGCCAUGGGGUUCAAAACCCUUCGCACUAUCCUCUCCUCCGUCACACAUAAUGGCAAACAGCUGGUGUUGACAGUGGGCCUGCUGGCAGUCGUGGUCUAUCUCUACACUGUGGUGGCCUUUAACUUCUUCAGGAAGUUUUACAACAAGAGUGAAGAUGAGGAUGAGCCAGAUAUGAAGUGUGACGACAUGAUGACUUGUUACUUGUUCCACAUGUACGUUGGAGUGAGGGCAGGUGGGGGCAUUGGGGACGAGAUCGAGGACCCAGCUGGUGACCCCUAUGAACUCUACCGUAUCCUUUUUGAUAUAACCUUCUUCUUCUUUGUUAUCGUCAUCCUCCUGGCCAUCAUCCAGGGUUUGAUCAUUGAUGCCUUUGGAGAGCUGAGAGACCAGCAGGAACAAGUCAAAGAAGACAUGGAGACCAAAUGUUUCAUCUGUGGGAUCGGUAACGACUACUUUGACACAACACCUCACGGCUUUGAGACUCACACCUUACAAGAGCACAAUUUGGCCAACUACCUGUUUUUCCUGAUGUACCUCAUCAACAAGGAUGAGACAGAGCACACUGGUCAGGAGUCAUAUGUAUGGAAGAUGUACCAGGAGCGCUGCUGGGAUUUCUUCCCAGCUGGAGACUGCUUCCGCAAACAGUACGAAGAUCAGCUUGGAUAGAGCAGACGCGUCCUCUUUACCUCUGUCUGUAUCAGGAGGGGUGCUGACACAUGUAGUCCUACGUCCAGCUGCUGGACUACGACACCACACAGUCAUCCCACCAAUGUUUCAGACUGGUCCGAGGAGAGAGAAAACGACUUAUCACGUCUCCUACGUCAGAUGUACCCAUGCCACUGUCAGUACAGUGCCAGUCUAUGAGGAAAUGACCUGUAACUUGCCAGGACAUUUUGUUUCUUUAGUUUUGGGGCUCGUUUUUGACAGCGUGUUGCCUUUUACUCCACAUAACCCCAAAUCAUCGCACAAUUUUUGUUUUUUUUGUUUUUCUUUUCUUUUUGAGAAACACUGGGUUGUGUGGGGUUUUGGGACAUUGUGUUGGUUGUUUUAUGCACAAGAACCCAACUUCAGUUUUUUGAGAAUGUUCAACUUGAGACUUAAAAUGCCAAAAGUAAAGUAAAGUGGGAGAGUACAGUAGAUUUACAAAGUGUGCAAAAAAUGUGAUAUGAGAAAAGUUUAUCUUUCAGAUGUUAUAACCUUGCAUAUACAGUAGAGAUGAAGUUUUAGAAUGAAGUGGCGAAAAAGUUUGCUACAUAGGAUGAAAAAAAUGCCUAAAUUUUUUCAUGAAGUGCCUUACACUACUGUAUCUACAUUACAAUGAAGCUAUGCAAAACUUUUGUUUUUUCUUUAUUGUAUGUAAGUACAGUAAUUUUCUUGGAGCAGUAACAAGUAGCUGUUCAGAUAUGUAGAUUGUGGCUGAAGUUUUUAAUUUGAACAUGGAAGAACAGCAUUGUUUUGAUUUGACUGAUUUUUGUUCUUUCUUUUUUUUUUUUUGUUGGCUGAGUGCAAAUGUUCAAGGUACAAAGUGUAAAAAUGACACAUCAGAAUUUACUGAACACCUUCAAACAAGAACAAAAAUUAAAUUGCUAUUGUAUGGCCAUUUGUAUGUAGUAGCUUUGCGGAUCUGUGCAUUUCUUUUGAUGGGAAAAAAAUAAAGACGUCAGUGC